CAUUCACAUUGAAGUCUAUUUCUCCUCAUCACUCACAGUUCAACGAUGGAGGCUCUCAAGAUCAUUCAUGGUUCAUCCCUCCUCUUGGUCAUUCUAGUUCUUCUAGCUUCGGCAUUGUCUUCUGCAAAUGCCAGAGUUCAUGAGCACCAGUUUGUUGUUCAAGCUGCAAAAGUGAAGAGGCUCUGCAAAACCCACAACACCAUCACAGUAAACGGUCAAUUCCCUGGCCCAACUCUGGAGAUCAAUAACGGAGACACUUUGGUCGUAAAAGUCACCAACAAAGCUCGUUACAACGUCACCAUUCACUGGCAUGGAGUUCGACAAAUGAGAACUGGCUGGGCAGAUGGACCAGAGUUUGUGACACAGUGCCCUAUUCGUCCAGGAGGAAGCUACACGUACCGUUUCACAAUUCAAGGUCAAGAGGGCACACUGUGGUGGCACGCUCACAGCUCCUGGCUUAGAGCCACUGUUUAUGGAGCUCUCAUCAUUCGUCCCAGGGAAGGAGAGCCCUACCCUUUCCCUAAACCAAAGUGCGAGACACCCAUUCUUCUCGGGGAAUGGUGGGACACAAACCCCAUUGAUGUUCUGAGGCAGGCCACUCGAACAGGAGCCGCUCCAAACGUGUCCGAUGCUUACACCAUCAAUGGUCAGCCUGGCGAUCUUUACAAGUGCUCAAGCCAAGAUACCACUGUUGUUCCGAUCGACUCCGGCGAGACUCAUCUCCUCCGAGUCAUCAACGCUGCACUCAAUCAGCCCCUUUUCUUCACCGUCGCCAACCACAAGCUCACCGUCGUCGGCGCCGAUGCCUCCUACCUCAAGCCCUUCACCACCAACGUUCUCAUGCUAGGACCUGGUCAGACCACCGACGUUCUCAUCACCGGCGACCAACCCUCUUCCCGCUACUACAUGGCGGCGCGUGCUUACCAGUCCGCCCAAAACGCACCCUUCGACAAUACGACCACCACCGCCAUUCUCCAAUACAAAUCCGCAAACCAUCACGCAAAAGGAGGCCCCAGCAUCAAACCGGUGAUGCCCCAACUUCCCGCCUACAACGACACCAACACCGUCACCGCCUUCAGCAAUAAAUUCCGAAGCCCGCGAAAAGCCGAAGUGCCCACCGAAAUCGAUGAGAACCUCUUCUUCACUGUGGGCCUUGGGCUCAACAAGUGCCCGCCCAACUUCAGAAAGAGAAGAUGCCAGGGGCCCAAUGGCACUCGAUUCACUGCGAGCAUGAACAAUGUGUCUUUCGUCCUCCCGAGGAACAUUUCCAUCCUCCAGGCCCAUCAGCUCGGAGUCCCGAACGUGUUUACCACUGAUUUCCCGGCCAACCCUCCGGUGAAGUUUGAUUACACUGGCAACGUCAGCCGCUCGCUCUGGCAACCCGUUCCGGGAACCAAGGUGUACAAGCUCAAGUACGGAUCGAGGGUUCAGGUUGUUCUGCAGGACACCAACAUUGUGACCCCCGAAGACCACCCGAUUCAUCUUCAUGGAUAUGAUUUCUACAUCGUAGCAGAAGGGUUUGGGAAUUUCAACCCCAAAAAAGAUACCGCGAAAUUCAACCUUGUUGAUCCGCCUCUCAGGAACACCGUCGCUGUUCCCUCAAAUGGAUGGGCAGUAAUCCGAUUCGUUGCUGAUAAUCCAGGUGCUUGGAUUAUGCAUUGUCAUUUGGAUGUUCAUAUAAACUGGGGCCUGGCCAUGGUGUUCUUGGUAGAGAAUGGAGUCGGGAAAUUGCAAUCCAUUGAGCCACCUCCAGCGGAUCUGCCUCUUUGUUAGGAUCUUCUUCGAAGCGUCAGCCCAAUGAUGAGAGCUGUGAUAUUUCUUGAAUUGUUAGGAAUUUCCCUGCAUUUGGGGAAAGUUUGUUUUUGCUCUGUUUCUUGUUCGUUACAUAGAUAAUUUGUGUUGUCGCCAUCAGAUAGGCAAAUCGCAGCUUGCUUUAAUUGUAUUCAGUGUAUUCUUUUCAAUAUUUGAUGAUGCUAUAAUAAAAAAUGAAGUUUCCGAAUUUAAAA